UCAUUUAUAUUCAACUCGGAGAAUACUGUGGAAAGGAGAUUUUGAAAAUUCUUGGUUUUUGUCGUAGGUUUUAUAUAUAGAUCGCUAGAGUCAGGAAAAAGGAGGAUAAUUAAUUAGGAUUUCAAACGGAGGUGAUCCAGUCGCUCCUCCCGGUGGUGGACGCGUCCCGGUCGCGUCGUGAUUAUCACAAUCAGAAUGGCAUCUCUUGGUAGACGAUAUUCCACCCGCCAGAACCAAAUGGCAGCAGCCCGGAAGAACUGAGACCAGCCGGUCAGCAUCGACGAGUCGAGACCGCAGACUACAGGAAACCGAAUAGCGACAAAGGCACCGAAAGCUCGAUGGAAACCCUACUCAUCGACCUUACCGCGAAAGUCAAUUACCUCACAAGCUCUAAUAAGCUUAUCAGACAGUCCAACGAGGAGAUCAAAGCACCUUAUGCCGAGCAUAAAGUGUUUAAUUCCGAACUUAAGCAGACAAACGUUAUCCUUUUACGGAAAAUCGAAGACUUAACCAAAGCCUGCUCCGCCAUCCCGCUCGUACGCAUCCGUUACAGCAUCAAGCUAACACCUUCUACCUCCAACAAUCGGGUGGGAAAAUCUCACCAGCCUUAUCCAAAGGCCUAGGGUGGCACAGUUGACAUCUGACAGCAAGUAUCGAUUUCGAUAUCUUAGCUCCUUCGCCAACUGCAUCUCCGGUUUAGAACGCCUAUCUCUAUUUAGAGGAAAAUGUGCCUACAUGAGUCAGAUAUUCCCGGCAUGUCACCAUACAAUGUGGAUAUAACAAAAAGGGGUUGCAUGCUUGGUUAUAUUGCCAGGUUUUUAAUAUAUGCCUUUCUCCAUCGAGUACAAUAAAGGGACGAACCAUUGUGUGCCACUCCCUCUGCUCAGCUCUGCCACGAGCCAUCAUGUAAUUGAGGACAG